AUGCCGAUACCUCGCCAAGAUCUCCAUCUGUCCCACGGGUUGUGGGGUUUCGAGGAUGAUCCGAACCAGUUACCACCGGUGCAUCAGAUGAAAAAAACUCAGCUCGCGAAACAAGAAUGGAAAAGGUUGAUAGAUAUCCAGCGGCAUUUGCUAUUGACUCACAGUCGGGAAUCGAGUUCGUCAGCGUCGUCGACUCCAACUGAGAGGGAUGCGCUUAGCGAUCCGAUUCCCUUGCGUAAAAAUGAGUCCCGGAAAAAGUCGCGAGUGCAGGUCAAAACAUCGACCGGGUCUCGACUCCCCAACAAGAACAAGACGCCCAAUACCGCGGACACUGUCAAUACAAGCAGAAUUCAGCGUAAAGCAUCAGUCCCGCUACCGAUGGGAACUGAGGAUUGCAUGGUCACCCCGAUCUCCCGUGAAAGCUCUACCGCACCGGAGCUGGGUCUCUCUUCCAAAAGACACGUCAGGCACGGCGGUAUGGGAAUCAAGGGUGAACAGAGUGUUUUGCUUAAUGUCGACACGCCCGCGCCAUCGACGAUCCGCUUGGUGGACAGCCAUUAUUCUGGAGCAGGUGACGAGAAAGAGAAGAAAACCAUGUUGCGCAGCGCCGAAAUGAUGGAAACGUUGAACAUCCUGCUCCAGAGGCGUUUCCAAGAUGUGGAUUUGGGUCAACCGGACAGCCUCUCGGGCUCAUCGCAUUCCACACCAAUCCCUCCUGAAUACCUGAACAAUCUAAACGAGAAGAAGCUUCAGCUCCUCAACAGACUACAGUACAACCUCCGGAAUCUGAUGCAUGAGCGAUGCGUGCUCAUCAUCAAACGGGAAGCGAUUACGAGAUUGGAUAUCUCGACCCGUCUCCAAGAUCAAAUCAAAACACUGGUCAAGGAACAGUGUUCGGAGAUGCAGAAGCUCAUGGACACAGCCAACGUACCCGUCGCUGAAGUACGCCGACUUGUAAUGGCUGACGGCGAGCGAGAUAAGACACUUUCCGACAGAAACACGGUAUUGGAAGAUAAUGCGCGCCUGCCAAAAAUGCUUGAGCUGCUCAACGAGGUGUCCAUAGCAUCGCAUUGGCUCAGACGCUAUAUUCGUCAGAUGGUGGAGUCAUUCCACACGAUGAUCCCACCAUCUGUGGACCCGCUUCUAUUGGCAACUCAUCAUCAAUUGAACCAAACGUCCGAAGUAGCUUUUACCUACGUGUCCGCGGCUAUGAACGCAAAACUGCGUCUCUUGUCUCGCCUCGAUCCGAGUGACAUCGACCAAGACAUUCUGCAGGCUAUGUUCGCCCAGUGCCAAAUUUUCAAUAAAAUCCUCGAAUUCAGCGGAGUUCACGCUCAUUCGGUCUCUCCGAUCAAAGUUCCGAACGUAAUGGAACGACUGGGCAGAGAACAGGGUCACUUGGCCGCUCUUAGAGCGAUGUCGAAGGUUUGCGAUGGGGUCAAGAAGCGAACGGAAGCAAUUGCUGGAGCUACGAGUGGGGACGGUAAGAUAACGCGCCGCGAAAGUCUCGACUUCGAAUGGUUGACUGCCGACCCGCAUGACCGCUCGGAAGCGCAAAGUCGCAGGGACAUGAUUGGAGAAACUUCGGACUAUUUCUCUGACUACUCAGCAGGAACCGGUGUCAACAACAGGCCACCAACAGGAAAAAGAAAACAGAUGGAAACGCUAUGCUCAACAGUGGACUCGAUAGUGCAGAGCGCGCAGAGUCUUCUGAUACGAAGUAAUUUCGUCGCCACUGCCAUGUCUGUGCAUGAGGCAGAACCAUCGAAAGAGAGCGGGAAACGUCAAAAAUGGUUCAAACCCACUGCGGAACACGCUGUGUAUACAUGCAUUAUGCAGACGAUAGCCACCGUGUUCUGGGAAGCCUACUGGAGCUCAUUCACGAUGAAAGCCCUUGAGAGCGUCGUGGUUCCUGUCCAGAAUGGAGGACCAUUCGGCGGAACUCUCUUCAGCCUAUUAGGGGUCGAUAGUCGCAUCAAAACCUUAUUCCUCUCCAAGAUCGACUAUACCAAGGAUCCCUACGCACAAGAUCUCGACGAGGACGCCCUGAAUGCAGUUUCAAAAAUAUAUCAAGAAAUCUAUUUCCUUGUGGCUACGAGCUCAUGGCGGAACGAUAUGAGUCGCGCUUGUAUUUCGUAUGCGAUCCGCCGCAGUAAGCCCAUACCUGUCGAAGGUGGGCAAGUCGGCACAGACACGGGAAGACACUUCCAUAGAGCAUUGCAGCCCUUGUUGGGCUUCAUUGUGGGCUGCCCACAGGACGCGAGAUCACAUAAUGUGGUUCAUCAAGUUAUGAUUCGGCAAUGCGCUGCAGACACGCUUAACAUGGCGAUCCAGUGGCUCGAGGAUAGACAGAUGUUUUCAUCGUCGUGGGAUCCGUACCAGUAUUUAAUCAUGGCUUACUCGGAUCUGAGUCGUUUGCGGUAUUUAUUGGUAAGAAGCAACAUGCUCACCUCGGCGAGCUCCGCGUCCGUCACAUCGUUGCGAAAAGAAAAUUUCUUGUCGCGGCGCCUCCCGCAAUCGCAUUUCGCAAACUGGACCUUCGUGAAGAGCACUGAAAAAGCUUAUGCUCAAUCAGUGGCUUUCUUCAUGAGUUUGGAACAAGUACAGCUGCGUCAGUUCGAGAAUAACUGCAAGCUGAUGUGCUCCGAAUAUUUCGCAGCGAAUCUCCCACCAAACAGAUACUUCAAACGAAGGAAAAUCGAUAAAAUCCACGAGAUUAAUUAUAUAUCUCCUCUGCUGCAAUACCUACUCGCACCAACAAUCAAGGCCGUGGAGAACCACAGCGAGUUUGUUCAAGAAGAAGUACUGAGGGUCUGCUCCAAGUGUCUCGUCGAUUCGUGGAAAGAAUCGAUCCAAAACAAGACGAUCAUGUUCAGCUAUGCCAGUGCCUUCCAAUUGCGUGAAGAUAUUCUCAAAACAAAGGACGUCAUUCUGACUUCAUCGUUGAGCCGCAAAGCCAAAGAAUCGAGUUCUCCAUAUUUCAACAAUUUCGUUGCGAUCGCUUCGUUCCUGAUGCAGGAUCCACGCACGCAAGAGGGCGAAGAGCCCCGUGGAAGAGGCAACCGCGUUGCUCCAGCUUUAUUGGACCAGCCUCGACUCGAUUCGCGAGAAUCAUACGACUCAGCGCUCCAGGCGACGGAAUUAGUUGAUCGAGACAAGUGGGAGAAACACAAAGUCAAGCCAGUGGGUCUGUGUUUGUGUUGA